GUCGCCCACGGAUCUCGCUGUGUUGUUGGGCAACAAUGGUGGGGUCGGAGUAGACGGUCUACAACAUAGAAAGGAAAAUGGUGCAAACGCGUCAUAGUACAGAGGCAAGCGGGACGUCGCCGCCUACUUUACUGUCCUUUGAAAGGCGAAGUAUUCGGAAACCACAGCGGCUAAUCGCUGCUGAUGAUGAGAACAGUGAUGACAGUGGUGUAGUUCAUAUAACAAAGAGAGAAAUAGCACAUUAUCAAGAGCAAAAAUCAUCGUCUGGCAGACCCAGGGGUCGCCCCCCUAGAAGGCUAGUUAUUUCCAGUGCUGAUGAUGAUAGCGAAGAUGAUGAAGUUUCAACAAAGAGAAGGCAGACAAAAAUUGGAAAAAGACAUAGCAGUAUAGAUGGUGAUAUUGACGGUGGCGAUGCUGCUGUACGUCGCAGUAGCAGACAAAAGAAGUUAGUAUAUGGUACAUUUGAUCAGAAGAUGCUGGAUAAAGUCUUGUAUCUAGAUGGUGUGCCUGUAUUUGCAGAUGAAGAUCGGCCAAGGAAAAGGAAGACUAUGGAGGUUCAACCUGUUGCUGAUGAGAAAGGAGAGGACAUGUAUAGCCGAGUGAAGCGAGUGAGACGAUCUAUUAAGCGAGAUAUGUAUGGCAUUCCUAUCCCAGAAUCAGAGUCGGAAAACUCGGAUGAUUCUGAUGAUGAGAAUAAUGAAGAGGAGGAGGAGGAAAAUAGGGAGGAAAAGGAAAGUGGUGAUGAUGAGGAGGAAGACAAUGAGGAAGAAGAAGAAGAAGAAGAAGAUGAUGCACCCCCACGGCGUUCGUACAAUCUAAGGGAGUACAAACCCCGUACUCAGCUCUUCGAGGUACCAAUUGAAAAAAGAAAAACCAGAGUUAGUAUAUUCAGGGAUGCGUCACCACCUUCCCCUAUUGAGAAGCGAAGGAAAAAUGAAGUGUACCGAUCUCCCGCGCACCGGACAAAGCCUGUGGGUCGAAGAAAGGCAGCAUACCAUGGUAACUCCAGUACCUCGUCGUCUUCAUCCUCAUCUAGUGAUGACUCAAGUGAUGAAGAACGCUUCAAACGCAGAAAGGCAAAAAGCAUGGCGAAGGCAAGAAAUCAAUGCUUGCCUAUGAAUAUGUCUUCUGAGGAGGUCAAUAUGUCAGGAGUUCUUCGUGAUCGUGCCAAGAUUGGGUCAAGCCUUGCUGAUGUGGACCCUAUGAGUGUGGACAGAUCGACAACAUUUGAAAGUGUCGGUGGACUUGGAAAGCAUGUGAGAGCUUUGAAGGAAAUGGUUGUAUUCCCAUUACUGUAUCCAGAGGUGUUUGAAAGAUUCAAAAUCAGUCCACCAAGGGGUUGCCUUUUUUAUGGCCCUCCAGGAACUGGAAAAACACUGGUGGCUAGAGCUCUUGCUAAUGAAUGUAGCUCAGGUGAAAAAAGGGUCGCCUUCUUCAUGAGAAAAGGAGCUGAUUGUUUGUCAAAAUGGGUCGGCGAAUCAGAGAGACAGCUACGACUGCUCUUUGACCAGGCUUACCAGAUGAGGCCCUCCAUUAUCUUUUUUGAUGAGAUUGACGGUUUGGCUCCUGUCCGGUCAAGUCGACAGGACCAGAUCCAUAGCUCCAUAGUGUCUACCCUCUUGGCCUUGAUGGAUGGACUGGACAGUCGUGGCGAGAUUGUGGUCAUAGGGGCCACUAAUCGCAUUGACUCGAUAGACCCUGCCUUGAGGAGACCGGGGAGAUUCGACAGAGAAUUUCUCUUCCCGCUACCUUCACAAGAGGCAAGAAGACAAAUCCUGCACAUUCAAACGAAAGCAUGGAAUCCCAAACUGUUGGACAUAUUUGUAAAAGAAGUUGCGGAGAGGACUGUUGGUUACUGUGGAGCUGACUUGAAGGCUUUGUGUACUGAAUCUGCCCUGAUCGCUUUGCGGCGUCGAUACCCUCAGAUCUACACAACAUCAGAAAAACUUCAGCUUGAUGUCUCUUCAAUCAGUGUCGGUGCCAAAGACUUUUUCUAUGCAAUGAAAACCAUUGUACCUGCUUCUCAAAGAUCUGUCAGCUCGCCAGCAAGAUCUCUUGCCAACUACCUUCGACCACUGCUCAAGAAAUAUUUUGAAGAAAUACUCCAAGUCCUACAGAAUGUCUUUCCAAUUGUUCUAGCUCAACUGGCAAGCCUAGAUGCUCCAGCCACAAGUUCUCAGGGAGAUGGCAGCACUGCUGUGGGUGACAAUGAUCUAUUGAGUGAUGAUGAGGAUAACUUGCCCAGUAUAUUUGAACAUCGUGGUCCAGGCCGGCGCAAGAGUCACCCAGAGGGGCCAAAGCAGCAGUUUAUCAAUUUUACAAGCUACGCAUACAAGGAACCGUCCACACAUCGACCACGAUUAUUACUGGCUGGCACCCCUGGCCAGAGUCAGUCAUCCCACCUAGCCCCGGCCUUGCUCCACCACAUGGAACAGCUUCCUGUUCAUGUUGUCGACCUUCCCUCCCUGUUUGCUGUCAGUGCCAAAACACCAGAAGAAUCCUGUGCACAGAUAUUUCGGGAAGCAAUGCGAAGUUCUCCGAGCAUUGUGUACAUGCCACAUAUCAACCAUUGGUGGAGUAUUCUUGGCGACACACUAAGANGGUCAAAGGUCAAGAUAUUUCGGGAAGCAAUGCGAAGUUCUCCGAGCAUUGUGUACAUGCCACAUAUCAACCAUUGGUGGAGUAUUCUUGGCGACACACUAAGAGCUACGCUACAGAUGCUGAUACAAGACCUGGUUCCCACCACUCCCAUCCUCAUCCUUGCCACCAGUGAACAGCCCUACGCUGAGCUUGACUUUCAGCUUCAACUCCUGUUCAGUUUGUAUGCUGGAGAAGUGGUAACAAUGACCAACCCAAGUGAGGCUCAGCGGCGAGACUUCUUCUCUGAUCUCAUCCUCAGUCAGACGCGGCAACCACCUAGCAAAAAAACACAAGCUGAGAAUAAAACUAAGAAAGGGAAGCAAGCUCGGAAAAGCAUUAAUAAAAAACAAGGAGCCACACGACUUUUAGAAGUCUUGCCCAAAGCUCCAGCCCCAGAACCAAGGAAGCUGACAGAAAAAGAACUUCAAACUCUGUACAAUCAGGAGGAGGCUACUUUGAGAGAAUUACGCCUCUUUCUCAGGGACGUCAUCAACAAACUAGGGCGCGACAGGAAGUUCCAAAUCUUUGCUAAGCCUGUAGAUUUAGAAGAUGUGCCUGACUACAAUGAAAUCAUCACAGAACCAAUGGAUCUUUCCACCAUGAUGAGCAAAAUAGACAAGCACAACUAUCAGACUGCCACGGAGUUCAUGAACGAUAUUAACCUCAUCUGUAGGAAUGCUCUGGAGUACAAUCCAGCCACGAACCCUGCUGGUCGUGCCAUCCGACAUAGAGCCUGUGCCUUAAAGGACACUUCUAACGCCAUUCUCAAUGCUGAAUUGGACCCUGAGUUUGAGAAAGCUUGUGAUGAAGUCGUAGCCUCCAGAAAGCGUAGAGGUGUAAAUCCAUCAGAUUCAGCACCACAGUUCUGUUUUACAUUGCCGAAGAACUCCCAAACACCUACCUCCUCUAGUCAAAACACGCCUGUGGCAGUGAGCAACAGUAACCACCGCACUAGUCGCAGGGCACGAGGCCUUGGUGUGGAGGCAUCAGUCGAUCAGCAAUUGCUCGAGGCUCAGUGGAGAAUAGAAAAGAGGAAUCCGUCUUCAAUCAAAAAUGAGAAGCAAACCCCGAAAGUUUUGUCAUCAAAGUCGCUUUCAUCUUCAAAGAAACCUAUUCGCUUUGUAUCACCCUCUUCACAUAAAAGUCGUCCAAAGAAAAAAAUAGUUUGGAGUUAUACGAAACGCCGCAGGAGGAAAAGGAGAUUCACCUUUGAGAAUGAAAUGAAUACAGAAGGAGAGGAGGAGGAGGAGGAGGAAGAAGAGGAAGUAGAUGCAGGAGACAAAACUGACAAUAUCCAUGUUGAUGUGACUCAAGAACUACAUAUAUCCCCAGUGUCUCCAAGAGACAUGUCGCCUAGAAACCAGACAGACCUGUCUCCAAGGCGAGACUUGUCACCAAGGGAGCAAGCACAGAUGUCGCCUGUUAGCAGAAGGAGAACCAACUCGCCCAGGGCAAGGGAAAAUGAUCUCCACAAACAUUCACCAAGUAUACCAAAGUGUAGUCCUCCAGUAAUGAUUGAUGAUGAAAAUUCCGAGUCAAAAAUGGAGAUCUCACAUGGAGAUGAGAAAAGCUCACCGGUGUUUAAGAAAAGAAUGCGGAAGUGUAGUGAAGGACAAGAUGAAGUAGAACAAUCAGAUAAUUUACAAAUUUCAAGUCCUAGUAAAGAGUGUGAACAGGAAUCUCAGGAAAAACACACAACCUCCCAGGACAAAAUAUAUACCUCAGCAUCUUCAGGAGAACACACAACACCAUGUAAGGACAUGUUAAUUAAAGACAAUGUGUUGUGUGUUAACGGGGAAGUGGACAGUGGGGUAGGCAGUUCAGUGGACAGUAAUGGAGACUCCCUCGAUGGUGUUGACCAGGCGAAACAACUGAAAGGAAAGGUAACAACUGAAGUAACUGUGCACAGGGAAAAGGAAGAUCAAACCAAAAGUCCGAAGGCUGCAGAACCGGAAGAUAAAGUACCAUCACCUGGAAUUCGUAUGACACGAUCUCGUCUCCAGACCAAAGAACAGGAGCGAGCACUCGCAAUUCUAGAGGCUCCCAGCGAGCCUGUAGUCAUUGAUGAGAAUAGACUGUCAAGUUUGUUGGAAACCUUGGUCAGAAUCACACACAACUUAGAUGUAGAGAAACUGGAGAAGUUGUACAGUAUGCUAAGUCAGUGCAUAUACCACCACCGGGAAGAGUUUGACAAGACUGUGCUGACUGAGAAUCUAGAAGACUGUGUAAAACGCUUUAGCCAUAUGACCAGCCAUUCCACUGGAUCUGUAUACUGUUUCACUUACGAUGCCUCCGGCUGCACAGGCUGCCACCAGUCCAAACUGACCAUCUUCCUUGGCAAGGCGGUGAGCUGCUGUUGUUACCAGUCGGACUCCUGUGGCGCCAAAUGGGUGUCCAAAUUAAGUAUUCCAUACAACAAGGCGAAGUAUUACAAGCGAUCAAUACUCCCCCGACCUCUUGACAAGUUACAAGGGGAAGUAUUGCAAGCAAUCCAUACUCCCCUCGACCACUUGACAAAUUAUGGUAUCAACAAAGAACAAAGAGGGACAAGAGACCUGAUUAGUGUCCCACACUCAACCAUCCCAAGUGAUGGUGCCGUGUGGUUUGAUGAAGGCUGGCUUCAGACUGGACAACUUCUCCAUAGAGGAGGGUCUUAUUCCAUUGUCUUUGGUGAUUGGCUCUGCUACGCCUGGAACUUUGUAGCUGAGGACAUCGGAGAGGAGUCCCUUCUCAGUUGCUUCAUGUGCAAUUGCCCGAAGUUUCAUCCAAAUCAAAAGAAAACAAAGUCUGUGGAGUAUCACCAAACAAAGUCUGCGGAGUAUCACCAAACAAAGUCUGCGGAGUAUCACCAAACAAAGUCUGUGGAGUAUCACCAAACAAAGUCUGUGGAGUAUCACCAAACAAAGUCUGUGGAGUAUCACCAAACAAAGUCUGUGGAGUAUCACCAAACAAAGUCUGUGGAGUAUCACCAAACAAAGUCUGUGGAGUAUCACCAAACAAAGUCUGUGGAGUAUCACCAAACAAAGUCUGUGGAGUAUCACCAAACAAAGUCUGUGGAGUAUCACCAAACAAAGUCUGUGGAGUAUCACCAAACAAAGUCUGUGGAGUAUCACCAAACAAAGUCUGUGGAGUAUCACCAAACAAAGUCUGUGGAGUAUCACCAAACAAAGUCUGUGGAGUAUCACCAAACAAAGUCUGUGGAGUAUCACCAAACAAAGUCUGUGGAGUAUCACCAAACAAAGUCUGUGGAGUAUCACCAAACAAAGUCUGUGGAGUAUCACCAAACAAAGUCUGUGGAGUAUCACCAAACAAAGUCUGUGGAGUAUCACCAAACAAAGUCUGUGGAGUAUCACCAAACAAAGUCUGUGGAGUAUCACCAAACAAAGUCUGUGGAGUAUCACCAAACAAAGUCUGUGGAGUAUCACCAAACAAAAGAGCACCAUCUUUUACAUAAUAAUGAUGGUGUUUGCUAUUUAUCGAAGUUCCGCGAGAGUUUCACGAGAGUACAAAGUGCAACCGGCACCGGCGAAAUGUCUGCCAUGCGAAUCCUUGGAGCGUUCAGGAAUAUUGCAAAUCAUGGCUCACGUAAUUUCAUUGGUGACCAAAGCCGCUGGCUAUCAACCACAGGUGUAAUGGGUGCGAGAACUCACCUGAAAUAUGAAGUUAAACAAGAUGUAGCUGUAGUUAAAUUUGACUCUCCAAAUUCCAAGGUAAACACGCUGUCCAGGGAUGUACAGACAGAGUUUACACAAGUAUUUAAGGAGGUCAGUGAGAACCCAGAUGUCAAAAGCAUUGUUGUCAUGUCGGGAAAGCCAGGCUGCUUUAUUGCUGGAGCUGACAUAGGGAUGAUAGAAGCAUGCAAGACAAAAGAGGAGAUUGUAGAGUUGUCCGAGAGAGGGAAGGCUUUAUUUAAUGAGGUGGAGCAGAGUCCUAAGCCAGUUGUAGCUGCCAUCAAAGGCUCUUGCCUUGGAGGCGGACUUGAGGUUGCCCUUGCCUGUCAUUAUCGAAUUGCUGUGAAGGACAACAAGACCAACCUAGGUGUACCCGAGGUUAAACUUGGUCUCCUUCCAGGUGCUGGCGGUACUGAGAGACUACCAAAAACAGUUGGUGUCCAAGCAGCAUUAGAUAUGAUGUUAACUGGUAAAAACAUUAAGGCAGAUAAAGGCAAGAAGAUGGGACUGGUGGAUCAAGUUGUUGUUUCUCUGGGCCCUGGACUGAUGGACCCAGAAACAGCAACACUGAAUUACUUAGAGGAAGUAGCUAUACAGGCAGCCCGAGGUUUGGCAAACAAAACAUUGCAGAAGAAGCCUUAUUCUUCACGCAUGAACAGUCUCUUGUCUACAUCCUGGGGAAUGUCAUUUGUAAAGUCGCAGGCCACAAAAGCAGUAAUGAAAAUGACAGCUGGAAACUAUCCGGCACCAUUGGAAAUAUUAGAUGUGGUGACCAAACAAGUGACAGAAGGGAAAGAAAAGGGAGACGCUGCCGAGUCUGAGGGAUUUGGAAAGCUAGGUAUGACCACAGAGUCUAAAGCUCUGAUUGGGCUUUACCAUGGAGACACAGCAUGUAGGAAAAACCAGUUUGGAAAGCCAGCGAAAUCCGUCCAAAACCUUGGAGUGCUCGGAGCUGGUCUGAUGGGUGCUGGAGUUGUACAAGUGUCCUUAAACAAGGUUGAUUAUGUACAGAUGAAGGAUGUCGGCUCCUCAGGACUGGCCCGGGGAGAGGACCAGAUCGUCAAGGGACUUCAAACACAGGUCAAAAAGAAGAAAAUGUCCAGUGCAGAGAAGGACAAGGUCCUGUCCUCAAUGGAGCCCACUUUAUCCUACAAGGGUUUCAAAGACUGUGAUAUGGUGAUUGAAGCUGUGUUUGAGGAUAUCAACAUAAAACAUGCUGUCAUCAGAGAGGUGGAACAGCAUAUACCAGAACACUGUGUAUUUGCCACCAACACUUCAGCACUACCCAUCACCCGUAUUGCAGAAGCCAGUAAAAGGCCGGAAAAGGUGAUUGGAAUGCAUUACUUUUCACCUGUAGAUAAAAUGCCACUUUUGGAAAUCAUCACAACAGAUAAAACAUCAAAGGACACAAUAGCAUCUGCUGUAGAUGUGGGACUAAGACAAGGCAAGGUUGUGAUCGUUGUUGGGGACGGACCAGGAUUUUACACUACAAGGAUCCUGGCCUCUAUGUUGGCAGAAGCAAUCCGACUGCUACAGGAGGGCGUGUCCCCAACACAAUUGGACAAAUUGACAAAGAAAUUUGGCUGGCCUGUGGGUGCGGCUACCCUGGCUGAUGAAGUAGGUGUUGACGUAGCAGCACAUGUAGCAGAAGAUCUCACCAAAGCUUUCGGCUCCAGAUUCGCUGGUGGAGACCCCAACGUUCUCGGAGACAUGGUGAAAGCUGGAUUCUUAGGACGUAAAUCGGGAAAAGGAUGUUUCAUAUAUGAAAAGGGACAAAAACAACGUCCAGAGAAUGAACAAGCAAAUGAGAUUUUAAAAAGAUACAAACUUGAACCUCCUGUGCCAAUAACAGAUGAAGAUAUUCAGUACCGCCUGUUCUCAAGAUUUGUGAAUGAAUCAGUGAUGUGCUUACAGGAAGGAAUUCUGAAAUCACCUCUGGAAGGAGAUAUUGGUGCAGUGUUUGGUCUUGGUUUCCCACCAUUCCUUGGAGGACCUUUCCGUUAUCUUGACUUGCAUGGAGCGAAACAGUUGGUUGAGAAAAUGGAGAGAUACCAACAAAACUACGGAGAGCCAUUUGCACCUUGCCAACUGCUGCUUGACCAUGCUAAAGAUCCAUCAAAGCGUUUCCAUUAGAGCUUGAUUAAGGACAUUGUGAUAUUUUUUUGAAUCUUACGAACAAAUGUGAUUGGGGAUGAGUUGUGUGACUUAUAGUGCUCAACAUGAUCAGGUUUUAUUUGUGUUACAUGUGAUGUAACAUAAGUGUGAUAUACUCCUAUACAGCAGUUUCCAGAGGUGUAAACAAAUCUACAAACAUCAGGACCUGGUGCCAGUUAACCGACAAAACUAAAAACUUCAAUUUCUUCAAAUUAAAUUUUUGUCCUGCCAACUACAUUAUUUACUCGGUAUGUAUUAUAACAUUUUACAUAUCAAAAGAUGAGUAACCAACAUAAAUAAAUGAUAAAUGCAAAAAACAAUUUGAAACCUUGAAGUCUUUAGUGUAGUUUUGUUUGUUCUACUGUAUCAGUGCUAGCAGAGUCUGAGGUGGUGUUUGUGAUGUAAUGGCCUACUGGUACUGCAGUACUUCUGGACUGUAAAACUCUCUUCACUAGCCAAGGGCUAGUCCAUCAACAUCCCUGGUUGUGUGAUUCAGAGAUUGUUUCCAUGAUAAAUCUCAAUUUAACAGGAUGAAAUUGUUGAGAUUUUUUGUUUUGUUAUUUCAUCAAAUGAUUCUACAAUGGAAGGUACUUUUAAAGUGUUUUUCAUGUUCAACGCAAACCAUUUAUCAUGACAUCAGUCCAGCUUGGGCAAUCUCAGAGAUAAUCUUUUUAUGUUUAAUACAUAUGAUAUAUUUAACAUUUUCAGUUUAGUCAAUAAUUUAUGUUUACAUACCAAUAUUUCUAGGGUUAUUCUGAAUAUGCCUGUCUUUAUAAAAUUGAUCUUUGUAAUAAAAACUGUGAUUAACUAUAAUUU